CAGCGCGCGGUAUGUCUUAUCCAAAGCGAUGCAAAGACUGUAAAGUCCACAGUCACUUCUAUUCUUUAUAAGUGUUCCACGUUUUAAUAAAUAAAAUGGUGACGCUAAGAGAAACAAACGCGUCGGUGUGACUGUGUGCUCCUGAACAGAAGAUACAGUCAAUACUUUAUGGUAAGAAGCUGUACGUGUUAUCGAAACUAUCAUUAACUACCAUGCUAACUUCAAACGUUACCGUUAGCAAAACAUAUCGUAGCAAGCUAACGUCAAUCUCGUCUCUCUCGCGUUCAAACAGGAAGUGAAUUCUUACUGAUAAAGCUAUGGUAGUAAAUUGAGUCAGUUUGAGUGACUCAGUCGGUGAUAUUGUCCUGAAACGUUGUGUCCUGACCCUCCCGGAGACCGCUGUCAUCAUGUCCCAGACCAACACAUCUCUGCUGGACGAGGUGGUGCAGUGGAGCCAGGAAACCUGCCGCCAGAAGCUCAAGUCUGUCCUCCCAAAACUCACCUCUUUGCAUAAUACCUCUGAGAGUUGGGAUGAUCACAUACGUAUACUGAAGAUCAUUACAGACAUGUUCCUCCCUCAUAUCGGAUUGUCGGAGCUGGAAGAUGAGUGCUUCUCCAAGAUCUUACCAAAGGCAGUGACCAUGUUUGAAAGCAUGAUCAAAGAGAUCUUGGACCAAGUUGGAGGGCUGUCCAGUCAAAACACUGAACUGUGUGCCUUACUAAGAAACGUUCUGCAGGCAAUGGUGCAGAUUAUUGAUGCCUUGUCAUCUUGUGUGCGUCACAUUGGCACGUUUGAGGAAGCCCCCAACUUAGAUGCCAUCCGCUCGUUACCGACUUGUAUCCUGAAAGUCCUGAAGGAAACCUUUCAGCACUGCAAGGAGAGUGAGGUGGUUUACUGUGGCCGUAUGUCCCUGGUGGCUGACCUGCUGCAGGGACUCUUCAAGGAGGCUUACUCCCUCCAGAAGGGUCUGCUGGAGCUGCUGGACAGGGUUUCGCUGGACAGCAGUGCCCCAGAGGAAGAGGUCUUUGACAUUGUAGCAAUGAUUCACAACGUGCUGGAUAUCUGCUCUAUUAUCUCCAACCUGGACAUAGCGCUGCAUGCAAACACAUGGAAGUUCCUCAUCAAACAGAGUCUGAAGUACCAGUCAUUGGUGGAGGAACAUCUACAUCACGGUGACAUCAGCAACAGCCUGUGUGACAACAUGUUGGUCUCCUUCAACAACUGUGUGGAGCUGGCUGAACAGAUCAAACAUGCUGGUCUGCAGGAAGCUACACAAAGCCCAGAAUACAAGCUGUUCCAGAAAACUGCAAAGAUGUGUCGUUUUUUUGCCAACACUUUGGUUCAUUACAUAAAGGAAUUCAAGUUUUUUCUGACAAAGUAUUGUAACUGCUAUCACCAGCUCUACCUCCAGAUCAUCAGUAACUUCCCUCCCAGCUUGUGUGCUCCAACACUGCCCUCGGCUCUGUCCGUGGAGCUGAAUGCGGCGGCUCUAGUUCCCAUGGAUGCCCUCUUGCUCCAGCUGUUGCCUUUAAGGCCCUUCGCCGAAUUUGUCCUCCAGAAUGACCUGCGGUUAGCUGCUGACCACGAGCUUCCUCACUGUUUGCUGCUGCUGAGCGUCCUGGGUCAGCUCCCCUCCCAACCAGAGGAGGUGCUGCAGCUCUGGUACACUGGCAGCCAGUUCUCAGAGGAAACUCCCAGGCUUCCUCUCCACCAGGCGUUGUUCACUAGUUUCAGGCGGUGCUACACUGAGCGUCGGGUACCGGUGCUAUUGCCAGGCGUGAUGAUGAAGGGACAGGCCCAGGUCCCGGUCACUCUACACAACCACAUGUGUGUGCAACUCUGUGCCAGCGUGGCUGCUCUUCCCCCAGUGUACUUCCCCGUGCUGGAGCGUUGUUUGGUCGAUACGGUUCUGCAGCCUGAUACUCAGACAGCUCUACUGGCAACAGAUGUGUGGUGCUUUACAGCACGGUAUGGAACAGCAGAACUAUGUCUACAUCAUGUCCUCCUCGUUGCUCAGCUGGUGAAAUCCUGCACCACUGAGUGUUACCAGUCGGCCCACCUGGGCCUGCUGCUCAAACGCAUGGUGUUCCUCAUGACGCCGGACCACCAGAUGGAGCUGGUAGCGCACUUCCCACCAUCUGAGGUGGAAAACCUUCCAGUGUGGCGACGUGUCCUUCUCAGAGCUCUUUCACAGGGUGCACGUCACCGCGUAGAGGCCGACAUCAUCGACCUUACUCAAGGAGCGCUGACCGACUGGCAGAACGGAGGCUACAAACUAGGACAAGUGGACAAAGUGAACAUGGUGCUGUUCCCCCUCCUAGCGGUGGUUCGGGUGCAGUCAUCUCCUGAGGAGCAGUGUGUGUUGUCUGCAAUGAGGAUAAUCACACAGCUCUGGUUACGAAUGUGUCCAGACCAGGUGCAGACCCACCCUGUGCUCCAGUGUACUCUGCAGCUGCUUCUGUCAAUAUCGGCCAUUUUGGUGAAAAACAUCGAACCACAGGUCAUUUGUCAGGCUCUGUUGUGUGUGGAUAAUGUGGUGUCUCAGAAGUGUGCAGAUCAGCUGCUGCUGGCUGCUCUGGAGUUCCUCUCCUCCCUGGGGAAGAUCUUUGUUCCGUCUGACAGCCAGGUAAUCAGACCAGACUAUUUCAUGGGGAUCUUACCUUUCAAGUUCAUUUGUUGUCAUAUUUUCUCUUUCACACCAACUUGUUUCGUCCCACAGAAUGAAAUUCUGCCGAGGCUGAGUAGCCUGUUUGCUGUCCUGCUGGCGGACCGAGCCUGGCUGCUUCAACAGCACGCCCUGGAGGCGUUUUCUCAGUUUGCAGAGAUUACAAACCAUGAAGAGGUUAUUUCUCAAAGUUUGAGUGUAGAAGGUACCAAGACGAGGGUGGUGAACUAUCUCAGCAAGACUGUUAAUGCUCAAGAAGAUGUGGAGUCGAGGCUGCAGAGGCUCAAGCUGGAGACGGCAGUUAUUGAACAACACAAUGAGAGGCUGGAAAUGAACACAGGAAAUGCUCCCAACACACUGUCUGUUGAAGCUGUUGCAGAUUCAGAGCCGUCCCCAAAGAGAUCUCGGCAGGAGACCAGUGCAGAGGACGAGUACAGCCGCUACAUCCAGACGGCUGCGAGUGCUUUGAAAGCCCUUCAGGCUCUCACCGAAGGCACCGCCAAUGUUCCAGCACCACCUCCACAAUGGCUGGAGCCCAGACUACAGGAGCUCCAGACCCUCAUAGCCCACAUCAGUACAGCCAGACGCACAACCUAACCUAUAUUAAGAGGCCUGUGAGGUCCGUACAUCCCUUUACUGCUGCUGAAAAGUCACUCUUCACUUUUUAAACCUUUCCAUGGUCUGCUUUGAUUGAUAUUGUUUAUUAAACUUGUUUGUAUUUAGCACUAA